AUGACAUUUAACGACCUUCUUAAAGAGAGCCUCGGAGAUUUUGCGAAAAACCUAGACUCAGGGCAAGGCAGGUCACUGCAAGAAUUGUUUCUAUCGAAAGACACUCUCAAAGGAUUUGAGUCUCAGCGCUUGCGCUCCUAUUGCACUUCUCAAUGCAUGGAACCAACUCGUGAUCUGGACAGUUAUGGCCGUUUACUGCUUGGGGGCGAUCUGUCAGCUGUCAAAGCUGAGUAUCGUGGUCGCGUGCAGAAGAAAUUGCAAGGGCCCAGCGGUUCUUCGGACGCGUUGACGCUGGAGGUGGCUGAAGAACUCGUGGCACAAGACCUCGCUAGUCUCCAUUGGGGUCCGACUCGUGUUCCUAUUUACAACCUCCUUGGCCUAUUCUCUCUCAUCGUGCCGUCGUUCCGUCCUUCAUAUAUCGCAAUUGCCAAGUUCUUCAUUGACACAGCCAAAGUGCCUGUUCACGGCAAAGACCUGUCAGGGACAACUGCAUUGUCACACUCUUUCUCCACCAAGCCCGCAUUUGAUCUGGAGUAUGCGCAAAUUCUUUACGAUGCAGGCGGUGACGUCAAUCACCGAAAUCGGUAUGGCGGAUACGUUGCACAGGAAAUCGUUCAGGUGUACGACCCACGAGAUUCAAAAGUCGUUCGACGCGCAAUGGAUGCUUUGGAAUGGUUCUUAACCCAUGCAGGGAACGUAGAUAUCCUCGAUGGGGAUGGUGUUAGCGCUGGCCGGGUGAUUCGCAACUCAAAGUCAAAGGUCCCUGGGUUUUCCAUCCUCGUGGAAAAGGAAAGUAAGAAACGCAUGGUAAAGGGGAGCAAAUGCUGCGAGGUAUUGUCACCCACAAACGAGGGCGUGCCAAAAGCUGGACUGGCCCGGUCACAAGAAGGGUUGCAAAGCCUGAGGCUUCGUCUACUGAAGUGCGCGUGAAUCAGGUUAGCUGGGUCUUUCUCCCGGAAUUUGAUCUGUCGUACCUACUUCACAUCUAUUAAUUUCGAGCAACGCCUGAUCAAGCACCCUUACCCAUGUGGGAACCUUCGAUCGAGGAUGAAGAUAGAUACGGGCAAGCUCCGAAUGUUUAUGGCUGUUCUUGCCAUUCUAGGAAUCCCUCGGACGCUCGAAGGCACCUGUGGCGUUUAA